AUGACGCCUCUUACUACACGUACCCUGGAUCUCUCCAGCAACUUCCUCUCGGGCCCUCUGCCCGACGGGGCAUGCAAGCCUCUCUCUUUUGAUGCCAAUUGCUUCACGCUGCCGCUUGGCUGCACCUUGGUCACGCAGCGGCAGGAGGCAGCAUGCAAUGCAUUCUGUGGCGUCGCCCCUGCUGUUGGUGCUGCUGCUGCGUGUGGUGGACAUGGGGUGUGCUAUCCAGAGGGGCUAGCUUGGCACCCACAUGUCUGCCAGAACAGGAGUUACUCAAGCAGCCAGCCGAUUCUCCUCCUAGCAUCUGUGCUCACCAAGGGGACGCAGCAAGAGACGAGAGGGAGCUUCACCGCAGCGCCGAUGACGCUGUUUGUGUACGAGGCAGGGCAGGCGGCGUUGGGGUGUGGGCUGGAGCUCGCCUUCCACGCCAACUUCACCUUCUCCCUCUCACCUCAAUCUGGCCGCGUGGGCUCCAAAGGCGAGGACAAGUCCAUAGCUGCUGUGAGGUCACCGUUCCCCUUGAGCAACAAGAAGGCGUACACGGCGUGGGUGGACUAUGAGCCGGGUGACCCCGGCACCAUCCAGGUCUUCCUGGCUGACUCGCAGGAGAAGCCACAGCAGGCACUGCUGGAGAGGAGGCUGGCGCUGUGUGAGGUGCUGCAGGGUGCAGCCGAGCAGCCCGCCUUCUUCUUUGGCUUCGUGACGUCCACCACUGUGAAGCCGUUUCAGCAGCACGUCAUUCUUGAAUCUGCAGUGGACACAGGUAAGCAGUGUGCACUGCUAGGGGGAUGA